AUGGCCAAGGCCAAGGACGUUGACAUCAAGGCAAAUGAUGUCCAGGAGGGUCGGGACACCGAUGCCACCGAGACCGCCUCACAGUCCGAUGCGAGUAUCCUCCAGGCCGCUGGUAUUGGCAUUGCGGAGAAUGACCCUACCGAGCCGACUCUCACACUUCGGAUGUGGGUUAUUGCCAUUGUAUUCUGCAUCAUCGUCAGCGGCCUCAAUACCCUCUACACCCUGCGAAAGCCGUCCCUGACCAUCACCGCCCCCGUGGUUCUCCUACUCGCCUACCCAUUGGGCAAGCUCUGGGAAAAGAUUGUCCCCAGUUGGAAUAUCCCCUUGAGAUGCUGGUCUUUUAACUUAAACCCCGGCCCAUUCAAUACAAAGGAGCACACAUUGAUUUACAUCAUGUCGAACCUCAGCGUCUAUGUUCGGCUCGGGGCCGAUGUUCUGACUGAACAGCAGAUGUUCUACGGCUUCAAAGCGGGUUGGGGCUUCCAGGUCCUUAUCACCCUGGCGACUUUCUUGAUUGGAUUUUGCCUUGCGGGCAUGUUUCGAUCCAUUGUGGUGGUUCCCAAAGAGCUCAUCUGGCCAGGCGUUCUCGGCGUCACUGCUCUCACUACUACGUUGCACAAUGUUGGCCAGGGUAACGUCCAGGCAAGCUACGAUACCUGGAAAAUCUCUCGCUAUGCGUUCUUCACCAUCGUCUGUGUUAUUUCGUUCUGCUGGUACUGGUUCCCGGACUUUAUCUUCCCAGCACUAAGUUAUUUCAGUUUCCCGUGCUGGAUCAACCCGACCAGCCCCGUCGUGAACCAGAUAUUUGGAAUGAGCUCUGGCAUGGGCCUCAUUCCUAUCACAUUUGACUGGAGCCAGAUUUCAUACGUCGGAUCACCUUUGCUGACCCCGUCAUGGGCCAUCGUGAACGUUUUCGCAUCUCUGGUGUUCUGGAUCUGGAUUGUGGCAGUGGGCUGCUACUACACCAACGUGUGGAAGACCGGCUACCUGCCAUUCCAGAGCUCCAGUGUAUUCGACAACACGGGAUCUACUUACAAGGUGUCCAAGGUUGUCAGUGCCGCCACUAACUACAGGCUGGAUUUGAAAAGGUACCUCGCAUACUCGCCGGUCUACAUGCCGAUCACCUAUGCCCUGAACAUGUUCGGCCUCUCGUUCGCUACCCUCAGUGCCUUAAUCGUCUGGGUUACGCUCGAACAUCGCCAUGUGAUGACCAAUGCCGCUCGCAGAGUCCCUACCCUCCUGAUGCAAUCGCUCCUGGAUGCCGCCACCAAUCCGAUUCGAAAGAUGAGACUGGAGCUCCCGAUGUUCCUAUGUGGUGCCUGCGCUAUUGCACUCGUUUUCUACCCUCCCCUGGCUCUCGUUUUUGCGACCUCCAACCUGAAGAUCAACAUCGACGUCUUCUGUCGAAUCGUGGCCGGGUUCGUCUUCGAGGGCAACGUCCUGGCGAACAUUUGGUUCUUCGAUAUCGGCUACAUCACAACCAUCAAGGGUCUCUGGUUUGCGCAGGACAUGAAGCUGGCCUAUUAUGCCAACAUCCCCCAACGCGAGCUGUUCCUCGUCCAGGUAGUCGGCAUGGUCAUCGGCACUCUCUCCUCUCUGGGUGUUCUCAACUGGGCCCUCAACCACAUCAGCGGUGUCUGCACGAAAAAUGCCGUCAAUGGAUUCAGUUGCCCUUUCUCCAGCACGCACUUCAACACCUCUCUGAUCUGGGGAGCGAUCGGUCCACGCCGCUAUCUGCGGAAUGAGAUUGGAUAUUCGGCGCUCUUGUAUUUCUUCCUCAUCGGUGCUAUCCUCCCGAUCCCUGUGUACUACUUGAGUCGCCGGUACCCCAACUCGUUGUGGAAGCGGGUUCAUGUUCCAUUGUUUCUGGGCGGGCUCAACUUCCUGCCGCCUGCGACGGGUAUGAACUACGCCAGCUGGGCCAUCGUCGGCCUGACCUUUGGCCUGGUCAUUCGGAAGCGCCUGCAUGCCUGGUGGAGCAAAUACAACUUUGUGCUCAGCUCUGCUUUGGACUCGUCGGUGGGCAUCGCGGGGGUCCUGAUAUUCCUCACGGUCUUUUUCACUGGUGCUAGCAAGCAUUUUAACUGGUGGGGAACCGAAGUCUACAAGGUACGCUCAUCCCCCUCUUCACGACACCACAAUAUGUUCAUUUGCGAAUUCCGUGGUGGACCGUCUGCAGUCUGCGGCCAUAUUGACGCCUUCCCUUCACCCGCGCGACGCUCGGCACUCGGACCAGACUCGUCCACAGAUUUGUCCGUGGCCACCCGGUGGAUCUCGCCCGGUCGGGAGUGCGUGAUCGUUCUCCGUCUGUUCUCCUCAUCUCCUCCCCGGACCGAGACACCACGCACAGGCUUCAUGCGGCUUCUUGGGUGGCUGGCCAUCACGCUGGUGACCCAGCAUGCCUGGGGAAGCGACCUGCCGCAGGAGGAACGAUGUGUGACCGCUGUUUAUUCGACGUUUAACUACAUCUCGUUUGCGGGUUCCCCCGCAAAGGGGAUGUGGGACACCCGGUGUCACAACCCCCUCGAAGUGGCCUCCAUCUAUGCUGCCUCGGAUAUUUACUGCCGGGACAGUGAGCGCGCGGCGGGAUUUGUCCAGCUCGCCGCCCUGUGUGAAGAAUUUGGCAAUCGCGAACUCCUGCCUAGAGAAGCCGUGGCUGAGAAUUUGACCGAGGACGCUGUUCGCAAUAUGCGCACAGUGGACUAUCUGGAAUUGUCUCGCGCAGAGCCGGUGGAUGCUCCAGUUCUGAUUUCCGCGUCCUACUUCAACCUUAUGUUCAACACUAUCGACUCAUGGCAGUAUGAAACUUGGUCGCAUCAUGCAUUUGGGUAUGCCGGCUAUGCCUACUGGUGUGGAAUAUUGUUGUUCGGAAUCGCAUCUCGCUUGUCAAGUUUGGCUUUGAGUUCUCGCAAAUUUCGGGCAGAGCGUGAACUGGAAUCCAAUGCAUACGCAUACCCUCCUACUGAAACAGCAUAUCAUAACUCGUUGUGGACAGGAAAACUGAUUCACUGGGCGCAGACACAUCUGAUUGUGCCAGCACCACUACCAAUGCAAGGUCGAAACUUUGUCGGUUGUACAUACUCGACCCGAGUGGAGGCGCUCGUGGUCGUUGGUUUUUGGCUUCUCAGCAUCAUCUUGAGUGUGGUCGGCUACCGAACGUUCGCCGGGAACAUCUAUUGGCCGAACACGACCGACCAGAUCCUGCGGUACUCGGCCGAUCGAACUGGAAUCAUGUCAUUCGCAAAUUUCCCCCUGCUGUGGCUUUUCGGAGGUCGAAAUAAUAUCCUGAUCUGGGCUACUGGGUGGAGUUUUGCCACAUUCAACAUCUACCAUCGUCAUGUGGCUCGAAUUGCUACACUUCAGGGAAUAGCACACACGAUUCUCUACAUUGUGAUAUGGAUUAGGGGUAAGAAAGGGACAGUCUUGACUGCCGAACUGCUAUGCUAA